AUGGACCACACGUCGGGUAUUAUGCCCUUGAACCAGGUGCACAAGCCGCCGUUCACCGUGGAAGCCAGUGGCUACGACAAAGUCCCUGGCGAGACGAUUCCCCGUCGUCAUCCUCGAUUCAAAGAUGCGUUGCGCAACUCGCCUGCCGAGGGCGUCCACACCGUCUACGACAUUGUCAAGCGCAGCGCGCGCAUCUACCCCAACCACACGGCAGUCGGCUACCGCAACCUCGUGAAGCUGCACAAGGAGACCAAAAAGGUCCAGAAGAACGUGGACGGCGAGGUCCGCGAGGUUGACAAGGAGUGGCAGUUCUUUGAGCUGACCCCUUACACCUUCUACACCUACACUCAAUACCUGGAGCGCGUCCACCAGGUUGGCGCUGGCCUGCGCAAGAUUGGCCUCACCCCCGAGCACAAGGUCCAUCUCUUCGGCACCACCAGUGUCAGCUGGAUCACCAUGUCGCACGCCUGCGCCUCGCAGUCCAUCUCCAUCGUCACCGCCUACGAUACUCUCGGCGAAGAAGGCGUUGCGCACUCUCUGGUGCAGACCAAGGCCAGCACCAUGUACACAGACCCCCAUUUACUCAAGACCGCCGCGGGUGCUAUCCGCAAGGCCAAUGUCAAGACGGUCAUCGUAAAUGCCGAUAAUGUCUUUGCCAGCGGUGGCGAAGUUGAUGAGUUCAAGAAGGAGAACCCAGACCUCACCGUCUACACAUACGAGGAGCUACGCAAGCUCGGCGAGGAGAACCCAGUCGAUCCCGUUCCUGCCAAGGGCGAGGACCUCUACUGCAUCAUGUACACCUCUGGAUCGACCGGUCUCCCCAAAGGUGCCUGCAUCAAGCACGAGUCCUUGGUGGCUGGUGAAGAAUGUGUCAGCGAUAAGGAGGUCAUUCUAGCCUACCUUCCCUUGGCUCACAUCUUCGAAAUGGCCCUCGAGAAUUUGGUCUUGUCGAUCGGCGGCACUCUGGGAUACGGCAACCCCCGAACUCUUUCAGAUACCUCAGUCAAGAACUGCGCUGGUGACAUGCGCGAACUGAGGCCGACCGUCAUGGUCGGUGUGCCCCAGGUCUGGGAAACCAUCAAGAAGGGCGUCAUGUCCAAGCUCGACACAGCAAGCCCUCUGCUGCGCAACCUUUUCUGGGGAACCAUCAGCUACAAGAGCUUCAUGUCCAAAAACAAGCUACCCUUCGCAAGUGCUCUCGACAACAUUGUCUUCAAGAAGGUCCGUGACUUGACCGGUGGCCGUCUACGCUUCACCAUGAACGGCGCUAGCGGUAUCUCCGGCGAGACCAAGCAUUUCCUGUCCCUUGUCCUGGCCCCGAUGCUGGCUGGAUACGGGUUGACGGAGACUUGCGCCAACGGUGCUCUGGGCUGCCCUCUCGAAUACUCUUCCACGGCUAUUGGCCCGGUCCCCGCCUCUAUCGAAAUCAAGCUGGUCGCGAUCCCCGACAUGGGCUAUGAGACGGAUAAGAAGGGACAGGCCGCUCAGGGCGAGAUCUACAUCCGUGGAAAGCCAGUGAUGACCGAGUACUUUGAGAACCCCGAAGAGACCGCCAAAGCCCUUACUCCUGAUGGUUGGUUCAAGAGUGGUGAUAUCGGUGAAUUUGACAAGGACGGUCACCUAAUGGUCAUCGACCGCGUCAAGAAUUUGGUCAAGAUGCAGGGCGGAGAAUACAUCGCUCUGGAGAAGCUGGAGGCUGUCUACCGUGGCACCCACUGUGUCACCAACGUCAUGAUCCAUGCAGACCCCGAGCACUCGCGCCCCAUUGCCGUCAUAAUGCCCAACGAGAAGGUCCUUGCUGAAGAGGCCAAGAAGUUGGGCGUUGACGAGCACAACAUGUACGACGACAAGAAGGUGAACUCCAUGGUGCUCAAGGACCUCCAGAACGCCGGGCGCCGUGGCGGUCUGACCGGCAUGGAGAUUGUCGCCGGUGUCGUGAUCACAGACGAGGAAUGGACCCCUCCUAGUGGUCUGGUCACCGCCACACAGAAGCUCAACCGCAGGGCUAUUCGCGAUACCUUUGCCAAGCAGAUCGAAGCGCGCCUUAAGUCGCUGUAA